CGGGAAAGCCGUUUCGUACCCGGCGGAAUCGAAGUCUAGAUUAUUUUACUUCAGAGCUCCCUCAGUAUAUUUUGGGAAAUUAUGGAUCGUCACGUUCCCAUGCAUGCAUUGCCUGAAGAAAUCCAAAAGAUGUCUCCUGAAGAAAAAGUUUGUAAGUACUGUGGAGUCAGCUAUCUAAUUCUUCAUGAGUUUAAGGCUAUGGAAGAAAAAGUGAAAGCAAUGGAAAAAGAGGUGAAAUUUUAUCAAGGAAGUGUAGAACGUGAAAAGAGACUUCAAGAAAAGCUACAGUCUCUUAGUCAAGAUUUUGAACAGUACAAAAUUGACAACGAAUCCAAAACAGAAAGUGUGGAGUCUUACCCACUGGACCACCAGGGAAGUCCCUAUUUCUCCAUUUAACAUAUCGACAGCUGAUACCCUGAAUUUCCACCUGUCAUCUCGGAUUGCUGCAAAACCAGUUUGAUGGAGAGACUAAAAAUAAAUGAAUCCUUAGAACCAGAAGCUUGACAAAAAAGAGUUUAGAAAUAAAGAUGCUAAAUAAAAGUUUGACAGUGUCCCGGAGAAAUAAUGUAUGCCUUGAAGAGGAAAUGAAAAACCUGAAAUUGUUGUCAGAUGCAGCCAUAUUGAGAUCUCAGCAGAUUGAGACAUCCAAACAACAGGAAGUAAACUUGCAAACCAGAUGCCAUGACUUGCAAAAGGAAGUACUAGAUUUACAGUGUCAAGUAGAAGCACUUGGGCUAAAACUUCAGAAGGCAGUGACUGAGAUGGACAACUACAGAGAAAAGCUCAUGAAUAAAUCUAAUGAAGCCGAUGAGUGUCAAAGAGAACUUAGAAAACUGAAGUUUGAAUCCAUUAUUUCUGAGUCACGGCACACCAGAUUGCUUAAAGAAAAAGAAGAUUCUUUAAUGACUUCUCAACAAAUAUAUAAAACUUUACAGGAAGAACUGACUGCAAAAGAAAGGCAAGAAGAUGACUUAAAAAGGAGAAUUAAUCUUGCAGAAAAUGAACUGGAAAUAACCAAAACUCUUCUGAAUCAGACAAAGGAAGAGGUUGUAACACUGAAAAAUGAAAGGGAAUCAAUGCUGAUUUCACAUCAGAAAAGCAUUGAGCAGCUGCAGGAAACCCUUAAACAGAAGCUGCUGAAUGAUGAUAACUGGAGGGAGAAGAUUGAAGCUGAACUCACCAAGGAAAGAGCCCAACAUUUAGUUGAAUUUCAGGAGCAAGCUCUUCUCUUUAAAGAAGAAGCUAAACUGGAACUCAAUAUUGAAAAGGAAAAACACCAAGAAAUUAUCCAAAAGUAUAAGAAAGAACAAGAAGAACUACAAAUGAAGAUAUCUGACUUAAUCGAAGGUGCUACUAAAGAUCAAAGGCUGAAAGUGGCUGCUCUUGAAGAAAAACUCCAUAAAUGCCAUACUCAAUAUACUGAAGAAUCUGAGUUAAAGGAGAAAGAAAUAAAAAACCUUAAAAAUUUGGUUGCAGAAUUUGAAUCACGCUUAAAGAAGAAAAUUGACAGUAAUGAUUCGGUUUCAGAGGACUUGAGGAAGGAAAUGAAACAGAAGUCAGAUGAACUGGAAAGAGUAAUGCUGGCACAAACACAGCUGCUACAGCAAUUCAACCAGUCCCAGGAAGAGAACACUUUUCUUCAGGAAACAGUGCGUAGAGAGUGUGAAGAACGCUUUGAACUGACGGAAGCUUUGAGUCAAGCCAGAGAACAGCUCUUGGAGCUCAGGAAGCUCGGUGGACAGUUACAUCUGUCACCGUGCUCCCUCAGCCAGGGCAGCCUAACCUCUGCUGCAGCCGGCAGCAGUCAGCAAGAGGAGAGGCUUGCAAGACUGAACUCUGAAAAGAGAAUCAAAAUCCCCGGCCUGCAGGGAGUGUCGAAACUCAUCACUUCCCCAGCCUCAACUCAGCCCAACAGGGGCAGCAGCUCAGGUUUGCCCACACUCCCCCAGCCACAUCCUCCCCGGGGCCGACCAUCUUCAGUCAGUGAGACCAGGCAGAGACUGGCUGUCAUUCUGCGGAGGAGACUGAGUCAGCAGUGAUGGAGCCAGAGUCAGGAGCAGCUCCACACAGUGUGCCUGUCAUUCCCGGAGUCCAGAGACUCACUGUAACCAAGGAUGACAAAGAUCCAAGUGUCACCACAGAUUAAGAAUGCAUACUUACAGAUGUUUUUAACAAGACAAUUGGAAAAGCUAACGAAUUGUGAAACCACAUUUUCCAAGAAGCCUUUGAAACUGCCACAGAUAAUGAAGUUGUUGGUAUUUCAGAGGGCCAAUUUCUAUAUUUAUGUAUUGUGUAUUUCAGUGUGCUCUAUGGAUAUGCCCUUUUAGAGAUCAUAGGUAAAAUUUUUCACCCAUAGCAUCUUUUCUACUUUUUUGCACCAGAUUUAUUUCCA